UUUUUUUAUUUGAUAUUGACCUUAUUAAAUAUUGAAUUAUCAGCUUCUCAUUACCUAAUUUGGAAUUACUGUAGAUAAAUUGUUUUUGUUUUAUAUAUUAUGCCAAAGGUUAUGUCAUUCGUCAUAUAUAUUCUGGUGAAAUGUUAAAAAAAUCAUUACUAUAGUUUGAUAAUUAAAAUGUGGCCAAUUACUUUUGCGGGAUUUGUUCUCUCACUAAUAACCACAAAUGUGCUGUGCGAAAUCCCUCUUGAUCUAAGAAAAGACUUCUUCAAUAUCUACAAAGGCGUAGCAGUCCAAACCAAAGAAGUCACCAAGUCUCACGUCACCAGGGACCAAGUAAUAUUCCACGCUUACAGAAACGAACCUGAACCCAAAAGUAUCGUAUUGAACGACACCAAUUUGGAUUUAUUAAAAGGCACCAAAGGUCACGUCAUUUUCAUCACUCAUGGUUGGACUGAUACAGCAUACAGUGAAUGGGUUUUGAGCCUUAAGGAUGCCUUUUUGAAAACCUACCCUAACGAUGUUGUCAUCGGUGUGGAUUGGAAAGAACCAGCUAAUCAACUUUAUUAUGUUUCGUCUAUUAACGUAUUUGACAUUGGAAAUCUAAUUGCCGACAUGAUUGUCAAACUUGUAGACGAAGACAAGCUUACUAUGCCCCAAUUCAUCUUAGUAGGCCACUCUCUAGGUGGGCAAAUCAGUGGAUUUGCAGGUAAGAGAUUGAAAAAAUUAGGUAAAACUCUGCACAGAAUCGUUGCUUUGGAUCCUGCUGGCCCCUUGUUCGAUGUUAGGCCUGACGAUAAACGUCUAAAUCCUACUGAUGCCGAAGUCGUACAUGUUAUUCAUUCUGAUGGAGGUAGUUUUGGAUUCAAGGACGCUUGCGGUACUAUUGAUUUCUUCCCCAACGGUGGUGACUUCCAGCCUGGCUGUACAAGAGUGGAUAUUUUGGAUAUCUCGACGGUUAAAGAUCCAGUUGUAUGCGAUCACGAAAGGUCUUAUCGUUACUUCAUCGAAGCUGUACAAAAUCCCGUCGACUAUUUGGUAGCCAAAGAAUGCUCGGAAUGGUCCUACUUGCGCAAAAUUUGUAACGAAACCAGCACAGUAUCGAUGGGAGACUUGACUACAACGAAAACGGGCAAAUAUUACUUGGAAACAAAUAGAGAAAGGCCCUACAAUAAAAACACAGACAAAGCAUCGACUGGUUUACUCGAUAGAGUGUCCAAAGCUUCAAAAUCAUUCGGCGACAAUGUUUCAUCGUCAUGGAAUUCGUUUGCUAAGAAAAUACAUGUAUAAAAAGUAAUAAAUUCGUUUUCUAUUAAUAAGAUCUUUUUUUUUAUUUUUUAUUAGUUUGUUGACUAGUAAAUUCAUUUAUAAAAUAU